AUGGGGCUGCCCCUGGUGCGCUUGGUGGCCAUCUGUCUGGCCCUGUCCGUGGUGAGGGGCUCGGAGCUCCAGAGAGAAGGCAGAACUCGAAACCACGGCCACAACGUCUGCAGCACCUGGGGCGACUUCCACUACAAGACCUUUGACGGGGAUGUGUUCCGCUUCCCCGGCCUCUGUGACUACAACUUCGCCUCCGACUGCCGAGACUCCUACAAGGAGUUCGCUGUGCACCUCAAGCGGGGUCCGGGCCUCAGCGGGGGCCACCCCCAGAUUGAGUCUGUGCUGCUGACCAUCAAAGACGACACCAUCUACCUCACCCGCCAGCUGGCCGUGGUCAACGGGGCCCUGGUCAGCACCCCCCACUACAGCUCCGGGCUUCUCAUCGAGAAGAACGACGCCUAUACCAAGGUCUACUCUCGUGCCGGCAUCGCCCUCAUGUGGAACCGGGAGGACUCACUCAUGCUGGAGCUGGAUGGGAAGUUCCAGAACCACACCUGCGGUCUCUGCGGAGACUUCAACGGCCUGCAGAUCUACUCCGAGUUCCUCUCCGAUGGCGUGCAGUUCAGUGCGAUCGAUUUUGGGAACAUGCAGAAGAUCAAUAAGCCCGAGGUGGUGUGUGAGGACCCUGAGGAGGUGUCGGCCCCCAAGUCCUGCUCUGAGCACCGCGCCGAGUGUGAGAGGCUGCUGACCGCCGCCGCCCUCGAGCCGCUGGAGCCAUAUGUGGGCGCCUGCAUGUACGACCUCUGCCAGUGCCCGCCGGGCGGCUCCUGCGUCUGCAGCACCAUCGCGGAGUUCUCCCGCCAGUGUUCGCAUGCCGGUGGCCGGCCCGGAAACUGGAGGACCUCCACGUUCUGCCCUAAGAGCUGCCCUGGGAACAUGAUCUACCUGGAGAGCGGCUCGCCCUGUAUGGACUCCUGCUCGCACCUCGAGGUCAGCAGCCUGUGUGAGGAACACCGCAUGGACGGCUGCUUCUGCCCAGAAGGUACUGUAUAUGAUGACAUCGCGGGCAAUGGCUGCAUCCCCGUGAGCCAGUGCCACUGCAAGUUGCAUGGGCACCUGUACGCGCCCGGCCAGGGGAUCACCAACGACUGUGAGCAGUGUGUCUGCAACGCUGGCCGCUGGGUGUGCAAAGACUUGCCGUGUCCCGGGACCUGCUCCCUGGAAGGCGGCUCCCACAUCACCACCUUCGAUGGGAAAAAGUACACUUUCCAUGGGGACUGCUACUAUGUUCUGACCAAGGGCGACCACAACGACUCCUACGCCCUCCUGGGCGAGCUGGCGCCUUGCGGCUCCACGGACAAGCAGACCUGCCUGAAGACUGUGGUGCUGCUGGCUGACAAGAAGAAGAACGUGGUGGCCUUCAAGUCCGAUGGCAGCGUGCUGCUGAAUGAGCUGCAGGUGAACCUGCCCCACGUGACUGCGAGCUUCUCCAUCUUCCGACCAUCCUCCUACCACAUCAUCGUGAGCACGACCUUCGGCCUCCAGCUGCAGCUCCAGCUGGUCCCCGUCAUGCAGCUCUUCGUGACGCUGGACCAGGCUGCCCAGGAGCGGGUGCAGGGCCUGUGUGGGAACUUCAAUGGCCUGGAAGGUGAUGACUUCAAGACGGCCGGGGGGCUGGUGGAGGCCACGGGGGCCGGCUUUGCCAACACCUGGAAAGCCCAGUCGAGCUACAAGCUGGACUGGCUGGACGACCCCUGCUCCCUCAACAUCGAGAGCGCCAAUUAUGCUGAGCACUGGUGUUCCCUCCUCAAGAAGACGGAGACCCCCUUCGGCAGGUGCCACUCGGCGGUGGACCCCACCGAGUAUUACAAGAGGUGCAAAUACGACACGUGCAACUGUCAGAACAACGAGGACUGCAUGUGCGCGGCGCUGUCCUCCUACGCGCGCGCCUGCGCGGCCAAGGGCGUCAUGCUGUGGGGCUGGCGGGAGCGUGUCUGCAACAAGGAUGUGGGCUCCUGCCCCAACUCUCAGAUCUUCCUGUACAACCUGACCACCUGCCAGCAGACCUGCCGAUCGCUCUCCGAGGCUGACACACACUGUCUCAAGGGCUUCGCGCCCGUGGACGGCUGCGGCUGCCCCGACCACACCUUCCUGGACGAGAAAGGCCGCUGUGUGCCCUUGUCCAAGUGCUCCUGUUACCACCGUGGCCUCUACCUGGAGGCAGGGGACGUGGUCCUGCGGCAGGAGGAGCGAUGCAUCUGCCGGAACGGGAGGCUGCACUGCGUGCAGGUCAAGCUGCUCGGCCAGAGCUGUGCAGCCCCGAAGAUCCACAUCGACUGCAACAACCUGACCGCACUGGCCAUCCGGAAGCCCCGCGCCAUCAGCUGCCAGACGCUGGCUGCCGGCUAUUACCACACAGAGUGUGUGAGUGGCUGCGUGUGCCCCGACGGGCUGAUUGACGAUGGCAGAGGUGGCUGCGUGGUGGAGAAGGAGUGUCCGUGUGUCCACAACAAGGACCUGUACUCCCCUGGUGCCAAGAUCAAGGUGGACUGCAACACCUGCACGUGUCAGAAUGGACGGUGGGCCUGCACCCAGUCCGUGUGCCACGGCACCUGCUCUAUCUACGGGAGCGGCCACUACAUCACCUUUGACGGGAAGUACUAUGACUUCGAUGGACACUGCUCCUAUGUAGCUGUCCAGGACUACUGUGGCCAGAACUCCUCAGGCACGUUUAGCAUCAUCACCGAGAAUGUCCCUUGUGGCACCACCGGGGUCACCUGCUCCAAGGCCAUCAAGAUCUUCCUGGGGAGGACGGAGCUGAAGCUGGAGGACAAGCACCGCACCGUGAUCCAGCGCGACGUGGGCCACCAUGUGGCCUACACCACGCGGGAGGUGGGCCAGUACCUGGUGGUCGAGGCCAGCACUGGCAUCAUUGUCAUCUGGGACAAGAAGACCACCAUCUUCAUCAAGCUGGCUCCCUCCUACAAGGGUACCGUGUGUGGCCUUUGCGGGAACUUCGACGACCGCUCCAACAAUGACUUCACCACGCGGGACCACAUGGUGGUGAGCAGUGAGCUGGACUUCGGGAACAGCUGGAAGGAAGCUUCCACCUGCCCGGAUGUGAGCAUCAUCCCCGAGCCCUGCGUGAAGAACCCGCACCGCCACUCCUGGGCCGAGAAGCAGUGCAGCAUCCUCAAGAGCAGCGUGUUCAGCGUCUGCCACAGCAAGGUGGACCCCAAGCCGUUCUACGAGGCCUGUGUGCACGACUCCUGCUCCUGUGACUCCGGUGGGGACUGCGAGUGCUUCUGCUCUGCGGUGGCCUCCUACGCCCAGGAGUGCACCAAGGAGGGGGCCUGCGUGUUCUGGAGGACGCCAGACCUGUGCCGCUGCUAUCCCCGGUGCCCUGAGGACAGGCCCAUCUAUGAUGAGGACUUGAAGAAGUGUGUCGCCGAGGAACAGUGUGGCUGCUAUAUUGAAGACAACCGCUACCCACCAGGAGCAUCGGUUCCCACCGAGGACAUCUGCAAAUCUUGCGUGUGCACCAACUCCUCUCAGGUGGUCUGCCAGACAGAAGAAGGGAAGAUUAUCAACCAGACCCAGGAUGGCGUGUUCUGCUACUCGGAGUUCUGUGGCCCCAACGGAACUGUGGAGAAGCACUUCAACAUCUGUGUGUCCACCACUACUCAAGCCUCGUCCACUCUGACAGCCUCCACUACGGUCACAGUCCCCACCACAGCCCCCUUCACAACCACCACCACCACCACCACCACUCCAACCUCCAGCACAGCGCUGUGCUGCUUCUGGUCCCACUGGAUCAAUGAGGACCGCCCGACUACUGGCAGUGACGGCGGUGACCGAGAGACAUUCAAGAGUGUCUGCCUGGCUCCGGAGGACAUCGAGUGCAGGUCGGCCACGGAGCCCCACCUCAGCUGGGAGGAGCUGGGCCAGAAGGCACACACCACCACAGGGACCCCAACACCAACACCAACCACCACCACAGAGACCCCAACCACAACCAGCACCACCACACUGACCCCAACACCAGAACCAACCACCACCACCACAGAAACCCCAACCCCAACCCCUACCACCACAGAGACACCAACUACAACGCCAACACCCACUGUAACAGAGACCCCAACACCAACAUCCACCGGCCCCACAACUACCUCAACUCCACCCACAGCCCCACAGGAGUCUUCCACCCCUCCAAGCUCUCAGUCUACCUCCUCCCCUCCCACUGAGUCUACCACCGUCCUGAGCACCCCGUCAACUAUCCUGACAACAUCCAGCACACCUCUGCCCUCCACACCAACAAUACCAACAGUCACCACGACAGGCAUUUCCACCUCUUCGAAGACCACCCCCACCAGCAGAAGCACGACUAGGCCAUCUUCACCCUCCAUAGGACCCACUUCCAGCCCCACUCCUAUCCCCACCACUGCGUCAACGACCACCGUGGGAACCCCUACCCAGACAGAACUCUCUGGGACCACUCCUACCACUCCAGAGACAACCAGCACCUCGGCCUCUAGGGGGCCCACCUCCACACUCUCCCCGAUCCCUUCUCCUAGUGUCACCUUCAGCACAGGCCCGACGAUCACCACCUCCACUCAGAUUUUCUGCUGCUUUCUCAAUGACACUUACUACGCCCCAGGUGAGCUGGUGUACAAUGGCACAUAUGGGGGCAUCUGCUAUUAUGUGAACUGCUCGCUGGACUGCAACAUCCAGAUCUUCAACUGGUCCUGCCCAUCCACGCCCUCCCCAACGCCCACGCCCUCGAAGCCAGUGUCCACAACCUCGAAGCCAACGCCCACGCCCUCGAAGCCAAAACCCAGCACAACAAAGCCCCCUGGGUGCCUAGACUUUGAUCCUCCCAGGCAGGAGAACGAGACCUGGUGGCUGUGUAACUGCACCCAGGCCAUCUGCAAGCACGACAACGUAGUGGAGAUCGUGGAGGUGGAGUGCAAGCCCCCGCCCAAGCCCACCUGCUCCAAUGGCCUCCAGCCCGUGCGCGUCAUGGACCCCGACGGCUGCUGCUGGCACUGGGAGUGUGACUGCUACUGCACAGGCUGGGGGGACCCCCACUACGUCACCUUCGACGGGCUCUACUACAGCUACCAGGGCAACUGUACCUACGUGCUGGUGGAGGAGGUCACGCCCUCUGUGGACAACUUCGGCGUCUACAUUGACAACUACCACUGUGAUGUCAACGACAAGGUGUCCUGUCCCCGCACGCUCAUCGUGCGCCAUGAGACCCAGGAGGUGCUGAUCAAAACCGUGCAGAUGGCACCCAUGAAGGUGCAGGUGCAGGUCAACAAGCAGGCGGUGGCGCUGCCCUACAAGAAGUACGGGCUGCAGGUGUAUGAGUCAGGCAUCAACUACGUAGUGGACAUCCCCGAGCUGGGCGCCCUCAUCUCCUACAAUGGCCUAUCCUUCUCCAUCCGGCUGCCCUACCACCGAUUUGGCAACAACACCAAGGGCCAGUGUGGCACAUGCACCAACAACACAGCGGAUGACUGCGUGCUGCCCAGUGGGGAGAUCAUCUCCAACUGCGAGGUCGCAGCCGACCAGUGGGUGGUGAAUGACCCCUCCAAGCCACACUGUCCCCACACCAGCCUCACCACCAAGCGCCCGGCUGUCACGACACCAGGAGGCAGCAAGACCACCCUGCCCAAGAACUGUACCGCCUCUUCUCUCUGCCAGCUCAUCAAGGACAGCUUGUUUGCCCAGUGCCACGCCUUCGUGCCCCCCCAGCACUACUACGAUGCCUGUGCAUUUGACAGCUGCUUCAUGCCUGGCUCUGGCAUGGAGUGCGCCAGUCUGCAGACCUACGCGGCCCUCUGCGCCCAGGUGGGCGUCUGCGUUGACUGGCGGAACCACACCCAUGGCGCCUGCCCGGUGACAUGCCCGUCCCACAGAGAGUACCGGGCUUGCGGCCCAGCAGAAGAGCCCACCUGCAAGUCCAGCUCCCCUGAGAAGAAUGAGACACGCCUGGUAGAAGGCUGCUUCUGUCCCGAGGGCACCAUCAACUACGCCCCUGGCUUUGACGUCUGCGUGGAGACGUGUGGCUGUGUGGGACCUGACAACGUGCCCAGAGAGUUUGGAGAGCACUUCGAGUUUGACUGUAAAGACUGUGUCUGCCUGGAGGGUGGAAGUGGCAUCAUCUGUCACCCCAAGAAGUGUAACCAGGUCCCCGUCCAGUGUGAGGAGGAAGGCACCUACCCUGUGGUAGAGGUCGACCCUGCCGACACCUGCUGCAACAUCACCUCGUGCAGUUGGCUGGGUGCUGGUGGGGGUUCUGCACCGAAGGAGCCCCCAACUUACGGCCUCCCGCGCCUGCAGCCCGGUUCUCCAGUUUAUUCCUCCAAGUGCCAGGACUGCACCUGCACUGAGGCCAAGAACAGCAGCAGCGGGCUCAACAUCAUCACCUGCACCCACGUGCCCUGCAGCACCUCCUGCAGCCCUGGCUUUGAACCUGUGGCGGUCCCUGGCCAGUGCUGUCCGAAGUGCGAGCAGACCCACUGCGUCAUCAGCCGGCCCCACGCUCAGCACCUCAUCCUAAAGCCUGGCGACAUAAAGCACGACCCCACCAACAACUGCACGUUCUACAGCUGCGUGAAGAUUCACAACCAGCUCAUCUCGUCCGUCUCGAACAUCACCUGUCCUGACUUCGACCCCAGCGUCUGUGUCCCGGGCUCCAUCACACUCAUGCCCAAUGGAUGCUGCAAGACAUGCAUCCACCGAAACGAGACCAAGAUACCCUGCUCCACCGUCCCUGUCACCAGGGAGAUCUCACAAGACGGCUGCACCGCCAAGGUCCUCAUGAAUCACUGCUCGGGCUCCUGUGGGACUUUUGUCAUGUACUCCGCCGAGGCCCAGGCCCUGGACCACCAGUGCUCCUGCUGCAAGGAGGAGAAGACCAGCCAGCGCGAGGUGGACCUGAGCUGCCCCGAAGGCGGCUCGCGGAAAUACACCUACACCCACAUCGAGAGCUGCGGGUGCCAGGACACCGCCUGCGUGCUCCCGCGCGCCCAGCGGAGUGUCCUGAACCGCGCCCGGCGCUCCAGCCUCCGGGGCAUGCUGGGGGAGUGAGCGAGGCCGCCCCCCGGCCCCCACCCGCCGCAGGACGGAAUCACUUGGUCCUGCUGGCCGCGCAGCCCCUCCCACUUGAGCCGCUUCCUCUCUGCUAUUUAUUUCCCGAGUCUGUUCAGCCCUCUGCUUUACAGUAAUAAA